GACUGUUGAAGGCAAGUGCUCCAAGUCGGGUGGUGACAGUCUCCUCUGGGGUACAUCAGUUCGGCUCAUCACUUGAUGUAGAUGACCUGAACUACGAGAAGAAUCCAUUCCCUAAAAAAAUGGUCAUUUACAGUCAGAGCAAACUGGCGAAUAUCUUAUUUACCAAAGAACUGUCAGAGAAGCUAAGGGGAACAGACGUGACGGCUAACAGUGUCCACCCAGGUGUAGUGUACACAGAAAUAAUGUGGAAAAAUGAAACUAAUCUUUUCACCUAUAUUUUUGCCAUGCUUGUUAGGAUUAUGGGAAAAGACGAGAAACUUGGAGCCCAGACAAGUAUUUACCUGGCAGUGUCUGAAGAAGUGAACAAUGUUACUGGCAAAUAUUAUGCUGACUGUAAGACAGUGAUACGUCCUCAUUAUGGCAUCUCGUGAACGUGAUGUUGGACG